UCUUUACUUACCGUAAUUUUUUCCUUCAUCAUUUUUACUAAGCGACAAAAAGUUCUAACGUUUUCAUCCACAAAUACCAGCAGAUUUCUCUAACUCUGUUAUCUAACGCAAGUGAAGAUUAAGAAAUAAACAAACAAAAACACAAAAUAAAUCAAAAUGAAUAUCCAUUUACCUAAUUUUAAUGUCAAAAAUCUUGUUAAGGAAGCUGGCAGUACUCUAUCGAGAGUUGUGCAGCUCACCGAGGAAAAGUUGGGUACUACCGAACGCACAGAAUAUGACACGGAAUUUAGUGACUUGGCCGAUAGGGCCGAUGUCACUAAAGUGUGGACUGAGAAAAUGGUGAAAAAUGUUGAAUCGGUGUUGGUACCCAAUCCACAAAAUCGCGUGGAAGAUUUUAUUUUCGAAAAGAUAGACAAAUCCAAACCACAACGUCUCUCAAACUUGGAACACUUGGCACUUGAUAUGAUUGAAGCUGGAGCUGAUUUUGGUCAAGACAAGCCAUACGGUCAAACAUUGGUAAAAGUUGGUCAAGCCGAACAACGUUUGGGCAAAUGUGAAAGAGAUUUCAUAGCUUCCACCAGUAUAUGUUUUACAACACCGCUGCGUAAAUUUUUGGAUGGAGAAAUGAAAAACAUUACCAAGGAGCGUAGCACAUUGGAGAGUAAACGUCUUGACCUGGAUGCCUGUAAAGGUCGUGUUAAAAAAGCUCGUAGUAUGCUGGGUCAGCAGGCGAAGGAUGGCGUUUCCCCAGAAGCGGUAUUAGAACAGGCUGAACGUGACUUGCGUGUUGCCCAAUCCGAAUUUGAUCGUCAAUCGGAAAUCACCAAAUCGCUUUUGGAAGGAAUUGAAACAUCACAAGCAUCGCAUUUAAGACAUUUGCAUGCCUUUGUAGAGACUCAAGUGCGUUACUAUAAGCAAUGUACCGAUGUGAUGAAUCAAUUGCAAAAGGAAUUAGCCAAAAAUCGUCCUGGACAACCACUUCUGCGCAUAAAUAGUGAAGAUAUUGAUACAGGGCCUCCCAAUGCAAAUCGUGCCUCCUCCUCCACCUCGCCCUCAAUACAGUCAUCUUCCAUAGAUAAUCCAAGCAAACACAAUCAAAUCAAAACCAUUAGCAAUGCCAAAGACGAUGUGGUGGCAUCCAAAUCACUAGCUUCUUAUUGUCAGUAUGAUAGUGUAGAUUUAGAAUCCCUAGACACUGUAGAGGAUAAUGAUAGUCGUAAUCGAACUCCUGCCAUGACGGCAGUAGAUUCUAGAAAUCCUUCCAAAAUAUUGGAUGAGUUUGAUUUAGAAUAUGACACCACAGCCAUUACAUCCAUUUAAAAUCAAGAGGAGUAGUUUUUUCUAAAGUAAACAAAACAAAAUCAAAGUAUGAUUAAGAAAAACAACAAGCAUGGUUGAAUGCAAUAUAGAUUUAAAGCAUAUUUUUUAUAUAGAGAUUCGAACAAUUUCCUUCUUUCUUAAAAAGAAGUUUAAAGAAAUUCUUUAAAUAUUCCACAUAUUUAAAGUUUUAUUAUAUAACACGCUUAUAUUGUUGCAUAGCCUUAGUCUUACUUAGUCCUACUCCUGGCUAGAUAUCAAAGCUAUAUAUCCUCUUAAUUGCUCGCUCGCUCUGUUACUCUCUCUCUCUCCCUCUCUCUCUCCUUCUAUCUAUUUUGGUAAUACAAUGUCAAAAUUGUAGACCUUCUCCUUGUAGAUGUAUAUGCUUGGUUGUUAUAUAUUCUUAAACUUAAUGCAAUCAAAUCAAAGCCUACCUUGUAAUCUAUUCUAAUAAUGCGUUACCAUCAUUAAUUACUUUUUCCAUACACUAAACCACAAAAAUGAAAACUCGCAAAUCUCUUGUACCAUAAACAAACAAACCAAAUUAAACAAACAAAUCCACCACAAAAUCUAACAAAUAAACGCAUUGAAUUGAACAAAAAUCAAAGUUUGGGAGGCCCUACCUAUACACCAGUUGAACUAGACGAUGGCAACCUGGGCGAGCAAGCGACCAGUGGAAAUCCAUUUGCCCCCAGAG